AUGGUAUCGUUCCUCAAACACCUGCGUAUUGAUCAUGGCGACAUGCCGCACUGCGAUCGUACACCGCCGAUGACGCCCAAACUUCUGAAUCCGCUGAGUCCGCCGAGGACACCGUGCUCGCCGUUCGAUCUCAAAUCGACAUCGUUCUGCUUCCGAAAAGGCCCUGCAAGAUCCGUUGUUUACCAGCCGAACGGCCAUCCGAAGCAGGUGGUGAUUGACGGCGAAAUUUGGCCGCCAAUAUUCAAGCCGAAAAAUGUUCGAAGCGCCAAAAUGAUGAAUUUGAAUGAGACGGAUGUGGUGAUUGCGACCUACCCGAAAUGUGGAACUACUUGGCUUCAGCACAUCACAUCGCAGCUCGUCAAAGGAGUCGACUACAAGGCUGGAAAAGGAAAUGAAUUGUGCAUUCAAAGCCCGAUGAUUGAGCGCAUGGGUGCUCAAUUCGCCAAUGAGAUCAAAGGUCCAAGAGUGUUGAAAACGCAUUUCAAUCAUGACAAUAUUCCGAAAAAUGGAAACGCCAAAUAUAUUUAUUGUGUCCGUAAUCCGAAAGAUUGCCUCACCAGCUACUUCCAUCACAAUCGAAACUUCAAAAUCUACAACUGGGCGAAUGGCACAUGGGACGUGUUCGUCGAUCUGUUCGCUUCGGGACAACUCGCGUUUGGCGACUACUUUGAUCAUUUGCUAUCGUGGAUCGCGCAUAUUGACAAUGAGCGCGUGCUAUUCCUCAAGUAUGAAGAUAUGAUUGAUGAUUUGGAGGGCACGAUUUACAAGAUCGGGCAAUUCAUUGGCGGCGAGGCGAAGAAACGCGUCGAGGACUUGGCGACGCUUUGCGAGAUCGCCGACAACAGCACGAUCGACGCGAUGAAAAAAGAUCAGAAACGUUGGUUCCCAGAAUCACAAUUACACAAGGCCGAAUUCAUUAGGAAGGGCGGCAAACGCGACUGGAAGAAUUAUUUCACACGUGAGCAGAGUGAUCGCAUCGACGCAAUCUUCAAAGCGAAAUUGGCGGGAACCAAAGCUGAAAGCUGGUGGAAGGAGGAAAUGGCGUGGAGCGACCAACUUCCAUCCAUCGAAAACCUAACUGUUGAUGAUGAAGAGGACAAGUGGUCUCAACGCGAGCUUUUCGCACUCCCGCCACUCUCACAAAGACGAUACUCAAGAGCCUCGCUUCUUUCGUCCGGCUACGGAAGUAUCUGGUCGCUGGCUUCGCAAACUGCAAACCAGCAAUAA